UCAGGUCACAUUCAUGUGAGUUUAACAAUUGAUUUAUAUGAUUUUAUUGAGAAAAACAGUGCACACAUUUCUUCAUUGCUUAGUUAUUGUGGUACGUACCUUCUAAGGUAAGGUAAAUCUUUUUCAUGACACAAAUUUACCACGAUGUUUCAAUUAUUUAAAUAAAUGACGACUUUAAAACUGUAAUAUUCUAAUCCGAAGUUUCAUCCUAAUAUCUUGUCAUCAUUAUGUUUUAUUCAUUGUUCCUUCUCUUCAUCAUGAUUAAUGUCUGCGUACUUUAAUUCAUUCUUAUGGAAUAAAAAAAUAUUCAGGAACGAAAUGGAAAAUUCCAAAGAACAACCACAACUUCAGAACGCCAACUGGCGACAAGGAAAGACUGUAGGGGCGUGUAUGGGUGAAAUGUUUGAUAGAGGGCUCUGGACAGAUGUAGAGUUUCAGUGUAAAGAUCAUAGCAAAAAAGGAAUCAUAAAAGCGCAUAAAAUAGUCCUAGCGGCAAGAAGCCCAGUUUUUGAGGCUAUGUUCUUCGGUCCAUGUGCUGACGGAAAGAGCGUUGUGGAAGUGAAAAAUAUCGAAUCAGAUAUAUUUCAAGCAUUACUGAGAUAUAUCUACAGCGAUACUGUCAACCUUACAGAGGAAAUAGUGUUCUCACUCAUGGAAACUGCGCACUGCUAUCAGGUCUCAUGCUUGGUUCAAUACUGUGCUGAUUUUCUUUGCACAAUAUUAUCACCGACAAAUGCUUGCGAUAUUCUAACACAUGCAAUACUAUAUGAGCUCGUAAGCCUCAGAGAUAUCUGCUGCUCCUUUAUUGACAAUAAUGUAGCGGUUCUUAAGUCAAAUGGUUUCUUAGAUUUAUCGGAAGCAGCACUAUUAUAUAUUUUAAAAGGUGAUACAUUCUACGUCAAAGAGGAAGACAUCAUAGAAGCGGCGGACAAAUGGUCAAGAAAAAAACUGGAUGAAAGAGGACUUGAGCAGAAUGGUGCAAACAUUCGUAAGAUUAUGGGUCAAGCAUUCUACCAGUUAAGAAUUCCAACUCUUACAAAUAAAUCAUUAGUUGAGUCCGUUAGCAGAAAAGGAUAUUUGUCUGUAGAGGAAUAUUCUGAUAUAUCCGCUUUCAUCAACAACGUUGACGGCAUCAGAGUCGCUACGAAUUCGUGUAUUGUACGUAUACCUGAGAGGGAAUCUAUCAUAUCACAUAUAACACAUGGUAUCAAAGAAAUCUCUGAUCAAAUUUCUAUAGUGUUUGAGAUAUGUGUAAAAAAAGACGUCUUACUUAGAACUUUCACAUUAUAUACGUUGAGGCCAUCUCACAGCUAUUGCCCCAAUGGUAGCGUCUUUAUGCAGUCAAAAUCAGACGAUGGAAAUCUCCCAGCAAACAUGAACUUGACAUUGUCUGUGUGUGUGCAGAUUAAGACUUUAAAGUUAAAGAAGGUAUUUGAAAUCCAACAACAGCAACAGAAUGAAGACAGCAUACAUUUUGACCAACCUUUAGUAUUAAAAGAAAGUAAAGCUCCUUAUCUUGUUGAAAUGACAUUAAGCUAUAAAUGUGGAAAUGGUAUACAAGUCCAAACAACAGGCGCUUGCAAGAACCCGACCUAUGAUAACACAGAUGGCACGAUAACAAUAAAAAGUUACAGGCGCAAACGACUCUUUGGAAUAAAGCGUAUCGAUUUUCAGAACUUUUCAAAUCGUUAAAACAACGACGAUUUACAACCUACGCGAGUUAAUGAAGAAAUAAUAUCUGUCUCAGAAGUGUCUAUCGGUUAUUAAACACAGGUUUCGAGUUUUGGUGCUUAGGAAUUGACAUGCACGAAGGCCGUAGGCCUGAGUGGUUAAUUUUCUUUCGUAUCAAAACAACGAACCGGUGUUAAAUUUGCCUAAAGAAGAAGAAGACAAAUAAUUAUGAUAUUGAAUUAUAAAUACAUUUGAUAUGAUACUAGUAGUUAAAGAAUUCUUUUAAAAUGAAAAGCACUGCGCACUUUAUAAUUGUUCAUUUUUGCGAAAAAUAUACGCCUCAGAUUGUCGUGGAUUCGUCAUUAUUAUAAAUGCCAUUUUCAGAUGGAUAUUUUAUAUCAAAGAGAAGUAUGUACACUUCAUUAUUUUCUGUGUUUUGUUCAGCUAUGAAGUCCAGUUGUGAAACAUUGACUGUAGAAUAUAGUUUCCAAUAUUGUUAAAAGAAGAAAUUUAGGGCGUUCAGGGAGACAUUAUUAAUAUAUCAAAACUGUAAAGCGAGUUACAUGUAUCACGGGGGAUGAACUGUUACACGAGGGGAGAAGUUCUAUAAGUUCUGAUAACUUGUCAAAGAGUUCUUGUGAUAAGUGUCACGGAGUUAGUCGGUAACAUUUGUAUAUACUACAAAAACACUCGUCAAAAAUGAUAAUUUUCACCUUUGAAAAGUGAGUUUUAGGUGCUUUAUUACACUUUAUUGAUUAACUUUGCCUAACAUAUUGUAUUAUGUGUCAAAAACUAAUUCAUAGUCCAUUUUUCAUCGCCUCUUGCUUAAAGAGCA